GCCAAGGCUGGCGUGGUGUCUCCUGGUCCAGGAAAACCAAGCAGGGAAACAGAACACAUUAUGAGGUCAGUGUGGGCCUCCCUCCCCCAACACCGCUGGUUACUUCUGGCUAUGCUCUUGCUUGAGGCUGUGGGCGAUGACCUACUGUUUGACCCCAACUGGGGGUUUGACUCUUAUGAAAUCACCGUUCCCAAAAUACUGAACUUUAGGAAAGAGGAGCGGGAUGGGGACAGUUCUUUGACAUACCUCUUAGAGAUACAGGGCAAGAAGCGUGUCAUUCAUCUGUGGCCCAAGAAGUUUCUGUUGCCAAGACAUCUGCCUGUUUUCUCCUUCACUCAAGAGGGCAGUCUGAUAGAGGAUUUCCCAUACAUACCAAACAAGUGCAAUUACAUGGGCUCUGUGGAAGGCGCUCAGGAAUCUGAAGUUACCCUGAGUACAUGCAUGGGGGGUCUGCGUGGCGUCUUGAACAUAGACUCCAGUUAUUACCAAAUCGAGCCCCUCAGGUCCUCUUCUAGUUUUGAACACAUCGUGUAUCUCCUAAGUAAGGACGAAUUUAGCAAUCAGACCUGUGGUGUGGUUGAUGAAGAAACAGAUGGGCAAACCAUCCAGCAGGAGGAAACGGCUAGGAGAGGUAGCUUCCACAAAUCCUACAAGCACCAAAAGUACUUGGAAUUGCUUAUGGUCUUUGAUGUAACCAGAUUUUUGUAUUUACGUCGCAAUUAUUCUAGAACCGUUGGUGAGGCUAUUCUUCUAACUUCAAUCAUAGACACCUACUUUCACGAGGUCAGGCUGAAGGUCGUUUUAAAAGCAAUUGAAAUUUGGACAAUGGGUGACCAAAUAUAUACUCUCUAUCCUACUUUAUCUGAAGUGUUAGGUCAAUUUGUACUGUACAAAAGAAGAUCACUGCAUUUUCGGCUUCCCUCAGACUGGGCACAUUUAUAUAUAGGAAGAAGGUUUAAAGAUGCUAUGGCAUGGUCAUGGGGAAGAGUUUGUGAAGAAUACCAUGCUGGCUCAACCUGCACCAUACAAUAUGUGAAUAUGCUUGGACCUGCCACUUGGACCGCUCAUGAACUGGGCCAUAGUGUGGGGAUGAAACACGAUGAAGAGUACUGUCAAUGCCGAGGUAGGAAGAGCUGUGUCAUGGGUACAGGACGUACAGGGUUUAGCAAUUGUAGUUAUGAUCAAUAUGUCUUACAUAUAUCUUAUAAAAUAUCAUAUUGUCUAGCUAAAAUCCCAGAAAAUAUUUUUAUGAUUCCGAGAUGUGGGAACAAAAUUGUUGAAGACAAAGAGGAAUGUGACUGUGGUUCCAAAGAGGAAUGCCAAAAAGACCCCUGCUGUGAGCCAGACUGCAAAUGGAAAGAAGGUGUCAACUGUUCCACUGGGCUUUGUUGUCAUAAAUGUAACUUCCUUCCAUCAGGAUAUGUGUGUAGGCAGGAAGAAAAUGAAUGUGACCUUGCCGAGUACUGUGAUGGCCUCUCGGGUUUCUGUCCAAAGGAUUCUUACAAGCAGGAUGGAACUCCCUGCAGAUCCAGAGGACUUUGUUUCAGUAAGGGAUGCAGAUCCAAGAACACACAGUGCCAGCGCAUUUUUGGACCUACUGCCAAGGAGGCUCCUCCUCAAUGUUAUGAUGCAGUUAAUAAGAUAGGUGAUCAGUAUGGUAACUGUGGCAUUAGUCGUUCUCGAUAUUUGAAGUGUGAUAGGGACAAUGCAAUCUGUGGCAGGCUACAGUGUAUAAAUGUUAAAGACAUCCCCAAAUUGCCAGAUCACACUAUUAUAAUAGCCACCUAUCUGAAGACAGAUAAUCUUAUAUGCUGGGGCACAGGCUAUCAUGAAUCCAUGAUAGCCACUGAGGUAGCUGACAUGGGUAGGAUUAAUGAUGGUACCUUCUGUAAUCCUAACAAGGUAUGUAUUAACACAACUUGUGUUGACUCUGACAUCCUGAAGUUUGACUGUUUGCCUGCCAAGUGCAAAGGCCGAGGUGUUUGCAAUGAUAAAAAGAACUGCCACUGUGUGUAUGGCUGGGAACCCCCAUUCUGUGAAGAGGUAGGAUUUGGUGGGAGCAUUGACAGUGGACCCCCUGGACCUAGGGCAGAGGAAGUGCGCUCAUCAUUUCCAGUUUUAUAUAUUAUGGUGAUGCGUAUUAUUUUAUUCAUUGCCUCAGUGAUCAUUGUGUUUUUUAGGCAGCUGAUUAAAAACUGGUAUCAUAAACGCUGGCAAAAACAAUCAGUCAAGUCGCAACCUGAAACAGACGAUGUCAAGUCACAAAUGUAA